AUGCCUAGCCGCCGCCCGCGGCCCCGCCUGCCGCCGCGCGCACCAGCCACGCGCCAGCAGCUGCCGUCGGCGCUCGGGCCGCGCGCCCGUGGCGCCGACCCGCCCCGCUCGGCCACACGCCGGCCUGCCAUGCCCUGCUCGCGCCUCGCCCCGGCCCGCUCGCGCCCGCCACGCCCCGCCCCGCCCCGCCCGCGCCUCGCCCCGCCCCGCCUGCGCCUCGCCGCCGGACGCGCCUCGCCCUGUCCAGCCCCGCUCCCGCCUGCCGCCGCGCGCGCUCACCACACUCGCUCGCAGCCGUCGGCCCGCCCCGCCUCGACGUCCACCACCCACCAGCGCCCGCGCGCUGGCCGGGUGCGGCCUGCAACAGCUGCUCCUGCCUUGCCGGAGCUCGUCGUGGAGGCAAGCGGCAGCAUGAAGCAGGCAUCCAUGGCCGUGGAAAAAGAGAAAAAGGAGGAGAGAGGGAACGGGUGGGCAGAUGGGCCCUUUUUAUUUGUAUGA